CAUGUACAUAUGAUGUGACCAUGACUAGUAAAUUUUAAACAAUUAUUAUAGCCAUGGGUGAACUCCAAUUGAAACUCUUGUAUGAGUUUCCUUUUUCUCUUUUGUAGAUAGUGCAUCNUGCAGACCUAUGUUUUAAGCUUCCAGACAACGUGAGCCUAGAGGAGGGGGCCAUGUGUGAACCCUUAAGUGUUGGUAUUCAUGCUUGUAGGAGAGCUAAUAUUGGACCAGAAACAAAUGUGUUGGUCAUGGGAGCUGGACCCAUAGGACUUGUUACACUGCUUGCAGCUCGUGCUUUUGGAGCACCCAAGANUGUCAUUGUUGAUGUUGAUGACUAUCGUUUAUCUGUUGCAAAAUCUCUUGGUGCAGAUGACAUUGUUAAAGUCUCAACAAACAUUCAGGAUGUNGCUGAAGAAGUUGAGCUGAUACANAAGGUUAUGGGAGCUGCUAUAAAUGUUACCUUUGAUUGUGNUGGUUUUGNCAAAACCAUGUCUACAGCAUUGGNNGCNACUCAGCCUGGUGGCAAGGUUUGCCUAGUGGGAAUGGGACAUUCUGAAAUGACUGUCCCACUCAGCCCUGCAGCAGCAAGGGAGGUUGAUGUGAUUGGAGUUUUUCGCUAUAUGAACACAUGGCCUCUUUGUCUUGAGUUUCUAAGGAGUGGGAAAAUCGAUGUAAAACCCCUUAUAACUCACAGAUUUGGGUUCUCUCAAAAGGAAGUGGAAGAAGCCUUUGAAACAAGUGCUCGUGGUGGUACUGCCAUCAAGGUCAUGUUCAAUCUUUAGAAAUUGUCUUAUUUUGAACAAAUCAUACACUUUCAUGUUCAUGCUCAUGCUCAUGCUAAAUUCCAAUGUAAUGAUCACUUGGGUUAUGAAUAAAGCGGCUCCAAGAAGAACUUGUGAAGCAUCUACAGAUUCAGUUUGCUUUGUGAAUAAGUAAACCUUCAAAUUCGUUCAUCA